AUGACGACCGGCCAGGUCGUCACAAGAAAGGACUUGCAGAAUAGGUUUAAGAUAAAAGACUUGGGGGAACUAAUGUACUUCCUUGGCAUAGAGUUUUCAAGAUCAGAGAAAGGCAUCCAUAUGUGUCAGAGGAAAUAUACACUUGAGCUGCUAUCUGAGACAUGUCUAUUAGGAGGAAAACCAGCACUUACUCCACUGGAAUUCAAUCACAAGCUUACCUCCAUAGAGUUUGAUAAGGUGUUCAACAAGGAGAACUUGUCUGAUGACAGGUUGCUUGAAGACAGAAGUGGCUAUCAAAGAAUAGUGGGAAGACUAUUGUAUUUGACCAUGACUAAACCUGACAUAGCAUUUGUGGUACAGGUUUUGGGUCAGUUCAUGCAUGAUCCCAAGCAGUCACAUCUAGAUGUUGCUAUGAGAGUUAUCGGGUACAUUAAAAGCAAUCUUGUUCUUGGGCUAUUCCUACCAUCAACUGGCAGUCAAAAGCUGGUUGCCUUUUGUGAUUCAGAAUGGGGUGCUUGUGUAGAGAUAAGAAAGUCAUUCACAUGUUAUGUUGUAAAGUUUGGUGAUGCCUUAAUCUCCUGGAAAUCAAAGAAGCAAGGAACAGUUUCAAGAAGCUCAGUUGAAGCAGAGUUCAGAAGCAUGGCUACUACUGUUGCGGAGAUAAAGUGGUUGGUUGGAUUAUUUAAGAAGUUGGGAGUAUCAGUUGAGUUUCCAGUUCAACUUCACUAUGACAGCAAAGCUGCAAUUCAAAUUUUAGCUCAUCCUAUUUUUCACGAAAGAACCAAACACAUAGACAUAGACUAUCAUUUUGUAAGGGAAAUGAUUCAAGAAGGAAUGAUUCAAACUCAACAUGUUGGUACAAGAGAGCAACUGACAGAUAUCUUCACCAAGAGUCUAUACAUUCCACAACAUGAUUACUUACUCUGCAAGCUAGGAAUGAAGAGUAUGUUUUCAUCCCUCAGCUUGAGGGGGAGUGUAGAAGGAAUAGUUGUGGGGUCUAGUAGUUAA